CGCAAGUGAAUGAAGAGAAGAGGGCGUCGGUCCUUUGGCUUCGAUUGAAGAAACGGAUCCACCACCCACCCCCACCCCCAAAAGCCCACUAGGCGUUCUUCUUCUUCUUCUUCUUCUUCCCCGCGACGCGACCCGGAAGGAGGAGGAUGUGCGAGGGGAGGCGCCUGAGCGACGCGGCGAGGCCGGCGUGGGCGGAGCUGCGGCGGAGGGAGGCGGCGGCGGACGCGCGUCUGGCGGCGGCGCGGGCGCGGCUGGCCGAGGCGCUGGCGGAGCUGGAGCGGGCGCGGGCGCGCGCCGCCGAGCUGCAGCGCCGCCUCGAGGAGACCCACGGCAAGCGCCGCCGGCUCAAGCGGGUCGCCGCCGCCGCCCCGCGACCGGGUCCACGAGACCCGCGCGCGCCUCCAGGAGCACCAGCACCAGCAGCACGAACAGCAGCAACCCGCCGAAUCCGAUCCCACAUCUUAGGCAGGAGCAAGUCGCAGCUGAACGAUGCCCUUCCCCGCAGAAUGAUCAGACGUGGUGCUACACCGCUGCUGGUUUACUUCCCUUUUUCUUUCCUUUUCUUCACAUUGGGAGCAGGCUAGCCAGGCUUUGUAAUAUACACGACGAGUGUUCCUUGGAACAUCAGAGACUCCUCGUCCACAUCCAGUGACUGAAAUGAAUUGGAAGUUAGCACUAGAAACACUGUAAUACUACUGUAUUUGGAGCUGAAAUCUUCAGUGGCCGUUGACCAUCUACUCUC